AUGCUAGCUCCUGCGGAUGUCCUCCCGGAGACCUCACCUGUAGUGGUCUAUCAGGGCCCUGUCGUUCCACCCAGCCCCAGCGGCCAAGCAUCUGCUUCGAAAAUUAAAACUGAAGUCUCAACAGCGGCCAGCUUUGUUGCCAGAUUGCUGAGAGCAACUGGAUACUUGUCGGAAGACCUACUGAAAGAGUUCACCCAUUCCUUGGAGGAAGCUUUAGCAGAGCACUACCAACACCACUGGUUCCCCCAGGCUCCAUGCAAAGGCUCGGGGUACAGAUGUCUCAGGAUCAACCACAAAAUGGACCCCUUGAUUGGCCAAGCAGCUUGCACCAUUGGACUCACUCGAGAACAACUCUUCUCACUCCUGCCCAGUGAACUGACGAUGUGGGUCGAUCCGUACGAGGUGUCCUAUCGGAUAGGAGAGGAUGGCUCCAUCUGCAUCCUCUACGAGUCCACUCCACCAGUGCCAACUAAUGCCAACACAACAGACAUGGUCAGCUGCAAGGAAGAACUGAGAUUUGGAAGGCCAAGCCCCUCCAAUUUGUUCAUGAUGACCGUCUCAAGCUAAUAUUUUUUUUAUGUUCAGAGCUUUCUCUGUGCACUAUUGUAUCAGUUCUGCCCCACAUUUUGAUGUAAUUAAGACAUUAAAAGGGAUUCUUAGGGAUUUUGCCAAUAAGGCCCUUUUUCUACUUCCCUAGUGUCAGAUUAACUCGUGGAUACCAUUUCUAUAUAUCUGUGUCAGGUAUGAAGGAAGUUAAAGCUAGUUUUGUAAGCCAAUGGUAACUAGUGUUGGCACAAUGACUGGAAGUUUAUGGGUAUCUGUUAGCAUGCUAGCAGAUACCAUAGACUUCCAGUCGUUAGCAACUUCCUUCAUACUGCAUGCAGAGACAUAAAUGGUACCCACGAGAUCAUCUUACUCUGGGGAAGUAGAUAAAGGGUUUCAUGGCCAAAACCCCAAAGUAUCCCUUUAAAGAUUUUAGUAUUACUGCCACACCCUGUUUGUUGUGACUCAUGAAAAUGCUAAAUUGUUUUCCAUUAGUUCCAUGAUCUGUAACUUAAGUACUGUCCUGAAGCAAAAAUUGUAUAGAUUUAUAUUACAAUUAGUUGUAUUUGUAAUAAAUUCCUCAAAAGCAACUGUUCCUCUAUCAACAAUGGACUUGUGUUGGGCAGGAUCAUGGUUGUGUUCAGUAGGCAUGAAAAUGCAUGUUCUUAUUGGACAUUCAUUCCUCAUGUUUAGUGCCCACUGAACACAACCCAGUUGAUUGAGGCGUCUGUAUGUUAGAGGGUAAGGCUGCCAUUGUAAGCUCAGGUGUAUUCAUUAUGCCAAUUGUUGCUAAAUGUUUUGCAAAAACCGUUUGCUACAAAACAAGUUUCUAUUGGAUAAAUUAUGGUAGGUC